AUGGCUCAGCAACCGACAGCCUGGAAGAAGCGAAUCCUCGUGCCUUUCUGGAUCGUGCGUAUAUGCAUGAUGAUUCUCAUCAUCGCUGCAUACGCGUGGAGUCUGCGAGCCCUCAGCGAUAUUCAGGACGUUGUCAAACCGGCCGUAGGGUCAGUGGUAGUCUUUAUGCUGUUAAUCCUCAUUGUACUCUUGAUCGACGUCCUGGCUAUCGUCCUCUUUCUGCGCAACGCUCUAAAGCCUGGAACAUUCCUCACAAUGAACUGCUUCCAGACUGGGUUUUGGGGAGGAGUAGUGAUCAUGGACUUCGCCGCCAUUGCAGACGGCGCCAGUACGGCCAGCCUUGGUUUCAGUAUUUUCGUCUUUGCUACCUUCCUAGGUCUCCUCAUCUACGCCAUAAUUGGGUAUAAUCGUGCGAAGAAGCAAUCCCAGCGUGGCAACUACACUCCCGCCCACAACCCUGCUGCUCCAGCCCCAUCCGCAUACCCACCUCCUUACCAGGGUGCGCCGCCUUACCAGCAGAACACAGCAUACUACGCGCAGACUGGACAACCCAUAGAACUCCAAGGCAACCAAUAUUUGCCUCCAUAUCAAGCAGGUCCUGCGACAGAAUUCUACCAAACGCAACCUUUGAAGCCUGCACAUAUGGCGUAG